GUGUUUAUCAACAAUUUUUUGUAUAAAUAUCGCAUUAUUUAAAAAACGAAAUCAGUUAACAAUUUAGAAUUUACAUUUAACAUAUUACCAGUACCUACUUAUCGUACUGUAGUACCGUUAACUUCUAAUUCGCUUUAUACCGAUGGGAAUAUGGAAUUGACUAUUUUUAUUAUUGCUUUCUGUUAUAUUCAAAGAACAUUAUGCUUCGACGCGACUCUUUACAAAUUCCCCAACGACUUCAGUUUCGGCGUCGCGACGUCCGCCUACCAAAUCGAAGGAGCCUGGAACGUCUCAGGCAAAGGGUACAGCUAUUGGGACUACAUCACCCACGAAGUCAAAGUAGUAGUUGAAGAUGGUAGUACGGGCGACGUCGCUUGCGAUUCCUACCACAAAACCGACGUCGAUAUAGCGCUGUUGAAGCGACUAGGCGUGAAUCACUACAGAUUCUCCAUUGCCUGGACGCGAAUUUAUCCAACGGGAAUGAUUAACAAUAUUAGUCGGGACGGCAUCGCCUACUACGAUAAUCUGAUUAAUAAACUCCUCGACGCCGGAAUUAAACCUUGGGUGACAAUUUACCAUUGGGAUCACCCUUACGGCAUCCAACGGUUAGGGGGUUGGUUUCAACCGAAAAUGGCCGAUUACAUAGCCGAUUACGCCGAUCUGCUGUUCAAAUUGUACGGUGAUAGAGUAAAAACGUGGAUAACUAUCAACGAACCGUAUUCUUUAUGUGUUAACGCCAUCAACGUUAUGGCCUACAUACCUAAAGGUUUUGCUGAGUACAUGUGCGGACAGAACGUGUUAAGAGCUCAUGUUGCUAUCUGGAGAGUUUACCAGAAAUAUAGAAGCACUCAGAACGGUAAACUAAGUAUGGCCUUUAACGUACAAGCCCACUUUCCAGCUACUGAUAGCCCUGCUGACAUCGAAGCGGCCGAAAGGCUCAAUCAAUUCGCUUUCGGAUGGUUCGUCAAUCCCGUGGUCCACGGUAAUUACCCCAAAGUCAUGAUCGACACGAUCGCUUCGUAUAGCGAAAAACAAGGUUUCAAGGAAUCCAGAUUGCCGCCAUUAUCUCCGGAAGAUUUGGCCGAUUUGAAGGGAUCCUGCGAUUUUAUCGGGCUGAAUACUUACGACGUUUACCUAGUGAGUUCUAACAAUGGGACCGUUGACGUUAAUCCCAGUUACUCCAACGAUUGUGGAGCAAACAUAAUCGAUCCUAAUUGGAACGUUUCAUACGCGAUUCAUAUGAAAGCAAAAGGCUUGGGUGUUUUAUUAAAUUGGAUUAAAAAGAAUUACAACAAUCCGGAAGUACGCAUUACCGAGCAAGGUUAUUGGGAAGAUGCCAGGAAUGUGUUCGAUUUUGACAGAAGUGCAUACAUAGUGGCUAAUACGGCUCAAAUGUUGAAAUCAAUUUACAAAGACAAAGUUAACUUAACCGCUUAUUCUUAUUGGAGUUUCAUGGAUAAUUUUGAGUGGAAUAAGGGAUACAUAAGAAAAUACGGUUUGAUAGAUGUGGACUUUAAAGAUCCCACUAGGAAAAGAAGAUUAAAACUAUCUGCUGGAACUUUUUCCACGAUAGCAUCCAACAGGAAAUUAAUAUAG